ACUGAAGUUGCCGGUAUGGUUUCCCUAAAGCAUAUUUAUGAAAUUGCAAAGCUAAAACAAUCAGAUCCUUCGCUCCAAUCUUUAUCCCUAGAGUCUAUUUGCAAAUCCAUUAUUGGAACUGCUCAUCUCAUGGGUAUACAGGUGCUUUCUAAGGAGCAAAUAGAUUCUAAAGCUGUGGAUUACACUCCGGAAGGUUAUGCACAAUUCCUCGACGAGCGCAAUGAACAGAUUUUGCAACAUCGAAAGGCUUUAGAAGAAAAGAAACAAGCCAAAAUGCUGAGAAUAUCUUGA